CGCGCGGCCGAGUGGGCCUGCCACAGUCCGCCGCGCUCUCCCCCUAGAAGUGCGUCCCGUCCGGCUCAGCCAUGGGGAUCGCUGUGUACACCGCACUGCUGCUGUGCGCCGCGACCUCGGUGCGCGCCCAGGAGGCCCUGGACAAGGAGCGGCCCUUGCCUGACUACUUCAAGGCGUGUGUCCGCGGCCGCCCGGACUUCGACCGCUGCAUCAUGGACUCCCUCAACCAGUGCAAUCAUUUCUUCCACACUGGUGUCCCAGAGUACAACGUGCCUCCCUUCGACCCGUUCUUCGCCAAAGAGGUGGUGCAAAAGCGUGGCGGCAACUCGCUCUUCUACAAACUCACCCUCCGCGACGUGAUCGAGUCCGGUUGGGCGCGCUCCAAGGUCAUCCGUUUCAAGAGCGACCCACGCAACUACCGCAUUCGCUACACCCAAUGGUGGCCGGAUAAGUUCCUCGCCGGCCAGUACGAGUUCGACGGUAACAUGAUCCAGCUUCCCAUCGACAACAAGGGACAGUUCAACCUAACUUUGUACAACUACACGCAGACCACGACGCUCACCCGGCGGCCAGUGCUUGACGAGGGCGGCCGCUUCCUCCGCUGGGCGCCCAUCAAGGUGCAGAUCAACGUGCUCAACUCGGGUGAUAUGGCGCUGCACAUCAGCCACCUCUUGGGCGGCCGCGUCAUCAUGGAAAACAUUUUGGACCGAAUAAUAAACGCAGCGUGGCGACCGGGUUUCUUCGUCCUGCGGACGACUAUCAACGAUUUGGUCGAGACGGCUUUUACUAAAAUAUUCAACGACGGCUUCAAAGGAUUCGACUUGGAGAGAGUCUUACCGCCACCCGAGAGUAUAAGCAACGCGCUAUCCUAAAAAGCUUUGUGCCUGGAGAUCGUCCAGAAAAUACGUCUGUGAUCGCCGUUACGAGCAUGUCAAGCAGUUCAGCCUGUGCACACUCUCAUAGCGCCUGCGAGGUAGGCAAAAUCAUGCCUGCAUCACAUGCGUGUACAGCGGGCUGGCCUAUACUGAGCCUCGUAGGCGUUAAGCUCCCGCAAUUUGAAAGACUCUGAGUGAAAUGAACGCGAAUUCCUAGGCGAUCCCUUAGAUUAAGUACAUUGCUACUGUAUUGCCUCAAGUAAAAUGCUCUCAGUGCAAGAGCAAAAUGUUAUUUCAUUUGUACAGAACAUGUUUAUUACUGAAUGAAAAAACCAACUUUCAAGUUGAUAAAUUGGGGUGAGCGAUGCACAAAAGAAAGCCACGUGAAGUAAGAACCAAUAAGUCAAUGUCUAUAUGUAUGCGACUACGUGUCAAGUUACAUUCUGUGAGCACCAACAGCUCUUCUCUUUUUGUUGAUUUUGAUGUGAUCUCAGAUGUAUCCCUUACUGGUGGUAUCUACAUGGAAUGUGUAUUCUCUAAUCGUUGUAGUUGUGUUUAAGUUCCUUUCGGCGGUUUGAUCACACGAACCAUUACUUCUGACUGUUACUUUAAACACCUUUGUAAAGGCAUUAUAACGCUUCAACUAAUCGAAAUGUUCUUGCCGUAUUGACGCUUUAAUGCCCUUUAAAGGUGCGACUUCCUACCAUUGUUUUACCAGUGAUAUUGUUGUUUGUUUUUCUGUACAUAUUUUAGUCUGCCGUGUUAUGCUCAACUAAGUUAAGACUGACAUUUUCUGACAGCCCUGAGAAAAGGAAGCCGUAUGCAAAAUACGUUUAGUAAUUUAGGCUUCAGUAUUAUUAUGCUUCGUGUGUUCUCUUGAAUUAAUGUUUUAAGUAAAAGGCGUAGAAAAAAUUGUAUAAAUGUUAU